AUGGGCAAUCACACCACAGUGAGCACAUUCCUUCUGUGGGGAUUUUCCAGUUCCCCGGACAUACAUGGUCUUCUCUUUGUGGCAGUGUUCUUCUCCCAUGUGACCAUCCUAGCUGCAAAUGUGUCCAUAAUGGUGGCCAUCAAGCUCAGCCACAACCUUCACACCCCCAUGUACUUCUUCCUCUGUGGUCUGUCCUUCUCAGAAACCUGCACCACGAUGGUGAUCAUCCCCCGCAUGUUAGUGGACUUGCUAUCAGAGAGCAAGACCAUUUCUCUUCCUGAGUGUGCCACACAGAUGUUUUUCUUCUUUGGCUUGGCAGCCAAUAACUGUUCCAUCAUGGCAGCCAUGUCCUAUGACCAUUACACUGCCAUCCACAGCCCACUGCACUACUAUACUCUUAUGACAAGAAAGAUCUGCUUUCAGCUCAUGAUGGCCUCUUGUGUGGUUGGAUUACUGGUUUCUCUGUGCAUCAUCACCACUAUAUUUAACUUGUCCUUUUGUGACUCCAACACUAUCCAGCACUUCUUUUGUGACAUCUCACCUGUGGCUGACCUUGCUUGUGAUUACACUUCCCAUCAUAAAGUGGCUAUAUUUGUGCUCUCUGCCUCUGUGCUGAUGGGCAGCUUUAUUUUAAUUAUGAUUUCCUAUGUCUUCAUUGUGUCCACAGUUGUGAAGAUGCCCUCUGCAAAGGGGAGGUAUAAGUCCUUCUCAACUUGUUCCUCCCACCUCACAGUUGUGUUCAUUCACUACGGAUUUGCUUGCUUUGUCUAUCUGAGGCCCAAGAACAGUGAUUCAUCCCAUGAAGACAUGCUGAUGGCUGUGACAUAUACAGUUCUGACACCUCUGCUUAACCCCAUUGUUUACAGUCUAAGAAACAAACAAAUGCAAAUAGCCCUGAGGAAAGUACUGGACAGUGUUAUUAGAUUUCUCCCUCCGUUUACAAGUAAAAGAGCCCUGAACAUUCAAAAAGCUGACCUCGCAUUGAUAAUAAAAGUGGCGUACUUCCAAUAA